AGAGAGAGAAUUAAGAGAGAGAGAAAGUGGUCACGGGUUUGUCUUGAAAGGCCCUUAUUUCACAGUCCUAGACAGACAGACACAUAUUCUCUCUCACUACAUAACCGAGGGAGGAUGAACUUUUACAAUACAUUAAUUAUCAAAAAAAAAAAAAAUUACCACUAUUACAUUUACAUAUACAUAUAUAUAUAUAUAUAACCCCAUCACAUACUAACCCUCCCUUCCCUUCCCAAAACCCCAUCCCCUCUCCCUCUCUCUCUACUGAUCUCUCUCUCACUCUAGAACUAAGCAAGUAAAACAAGAAGUAGAAAGUGGUGGUUCAAAAUUUUAUUUUACACAUAAUUGUGUGUGUUUGUGAGAGACAAUGGCUCUGAUGCUAGACAACUGUGAAGGCAUUUUACUGUCUCUAGACUCUCACAAGUCAGUCCCGGCUCCUUUCCUCACCAAAACAUACCAACUCGUCGACGACCCGGCCACUGACCACGUCGUCUCCUGGGGCGAAGACGACACCACCUUCGUCGUCUGGCGUCCUCCCGAGUUCGCUCGCGACCUCCUCCCCAACUACUUCAAGCACAACAACUUCUCCAGCUUCGUCCGCCAGCUCAACACCUACGGUUUUAGAAAGAUUGUACCGGAUAGAUGGGAGUUCGCUAACGAAUUCUUCAAGAAAGGAGAGAAGCAUCUGCUGUGUGAGAUCCACCGGAGGAAGACAUCUCAGCCACAAGUGGCCCUCAACCACCACCACCUCAACCACCAUUCUCCGAUUGGCGGUGGCGGCCAGGGUUUCUUCCCCUACUCGGGCCGAGUCAGCGUCUCCCCGCCCGACUCCGACGAGAACGGCAAUUGGUGCGACUCGCCGCCACUCUCGUCUCCGACUGGCGGGGUUUCGAUUUCGAUGAUGAAUGGCGGUGGUGGUGGGAACUACAGCAGCUCGGUGACGGCGCUGUCGGAGGACAACGAGAGGUUGAGGAGGAGCAACAACAUGCUAAUGUCUGAGCUAGCUCACAUGAGGAAGCUAUACAAUGACAUUAUCUACUUCGUUCAGAACCAUGUGAAGCCAGUGGCGCCAAGUAACUCAUACCCAUCAUCACUUGUCAUAUGUAAUAAUAACAACUCCACACCAUCUUCUGCAACUACUCAUCAUCAAAUGGUGCAAAAGCCUCUGAAUCAGUUCAUUGGAUUCCAUCACCACCAACAAGCUCCUAAACUAGUACAAUCUCAACAAAUGGGUUCAUUCAACUCAUCUUCUAGCCCUUUGAAGAUAAUUGAAGAACCCAACAACCGAACAAAGUUGUUUGGUGUCCCUCUACAAUCCAAGAAGAGAUUGCACCCGGAGUAUGCUUCCUCCGCGACGAACAUGGAGAUGAACAAAGCUCGAUUAGUCCUCGAAAAGGACGAUUUAGGGUUGAAUCUCAUGCCUCCUUCCUCAUGUUAGCUCUCUCUCUUUCUUUCCCCAUUCAACAAAUCUAAGUUUUAAUAUUUACCAAUUUCUUUUCUUUUGAAAAUUUUCAAGUUAUGUUUGGUUGUUAUUUUGGGUCUGAGAGAGCCUGAUAUUGUUAGUGGAAAUGAUGUGUGUGUGAGUGCGUGUUUGUGGGUCUGUGUAAAUAUAACUUCAGUGACGGUGGUAUUAUGUUAAAUUGUUCCCCCAAACCCAUGAAUGCAGGUGGGCUUUUUGGUUAGAGUGAAGAAGAUCAAAGCAAUAGUUUCAAUUUGUUAA